AUGGACUGCUUACCGACCCGUGAGACUUGGUUCUGCCUGUACCAGCCACAGGCGGGCGGGACUGCUUAUUUGUACGAGUAUGACGUGCCGAUAGACAACGCCGCCUACAAGGAUAAGGUCGCCCCCGAGCUGCGCCUGCGCUUCUGCCGCCCUGCUCGUGACUGCUAUCUGCAUGUGGUGCACGGCGAGUCCUUUUCCAAUUGCGAUGAGACACGGCCACCCUGGUACUGCUACCGCGUAAUGCUCAGCGGCGUGCGAGUGGGUCAGCGGCUGGGGCCCUAUGCCGCCGACGAUAUAGUGGCGCCAAACCGGGUGCUUCUGCCGCGGCAGGAGCGCUGGCGGAACAACGUCCGGGACAUACGUGACGUGAUUGAGUUCCUGGCCGUACCUUCGGAGGACCGACUAACUGCCGCAUUGAACAAGCUCAUAGCGGUGGCUCACCAGGACGACUGGCGUAGCGGCCCCGCUGUCGUGUAUAUGCUCUUGACGCAGAACUGGGGACAUGAGGCGCUGCAGAGAUAUGGUAUUACCGCCGAGACAAUACGGCAUGCCUACGCAUCGUUCGGGGCGAGGAUGCGGCAGGAUGGCAGCAGCGGCAGCGGCGAUGAAGUUGCUGCUGUAUGCCAGGCGGCGCGCCGGCGGCGGGCUGCCUCGACCGCGGAGAUGCUUUCCGGCUAUUCAGUGUAUGCUAAUCACGCGGCGGAUCAGAGGGAACUAGGGGAACAGGGGUCGGUGGCGUCCGAGGGGGAAGCCAAGACCACAGAGCUGCGCAGUCUUACAAAGGGCGGCCAGUUGGAGAGGCGGCAUCUGCUGUUGGGUGUGAAUCUUGCACAGACUGAUGGUGGCGGCUAA